AUGGCCGCGCUCCUCUCGUCGUCCGUGCCGGCGUCGCGGCUGCUCACCUCGCUCGCCGCCGACGUGCGCCGGUUGCGAUGCCGCCUCGCGUUCCUGCUGCUCUCCCCGCCGCACUUCUCCCGCGCGCUCGCGCGGCUCCGCGCCAUGCCGCUUCCCUCCAAGGCCGAGCUGCUCGGCCGCGUCCUCAUCCGAUCCCUCCUCCUGCUUCUCCCAGCUCUGUCGCCGGACGGAUCGCACCACCUGCUCCGCAUCCCCGCGCCAGAGCUCGACGCCGCGAUCCUGCUCCUUGCCAUGUGCGAUUCCUACUCCCCUGCCGCAGCGUCGUCCUCCUACCAUUCUUCUCGUUCCACCGUCGACUGGCACGCGUUGCUCGUCGACGAUGCGGUGGGCUCGGCUCUCUCCAUCUCCGGCCUCGGCGCCACGCCGUGGGCAUCGUUCGCUCCCUACGUCGACGAGGCCGCCAAGUGCCGCCGCUUUGCGGACGUCGUGUCGCAGGAACGUGCGGCGAUCGGCGGCGGCGCCGGCCGGAAGGACGGCGAGUGGGGUGGGGGCGCGUCGUACGCUGCCGUCCUGGCGAUGCCCCCCGCGGCAGGGGACGGCGCGCCGUGCGCGAUCUGCAGGGAGGAGAUGGCGCCCGGGCGUCGCGGCGGGGGCGUGUGCGCGCUGCGGCCGUGUGGGCACCGGUUCCACUGGCACUGCGCGCUCCGGUGGCUCGCGCGGCGCAACACCUGCCCAUGCUGCCGCGCUGAGCUUCCCGCGGAGGACGUGCGCGCCGAGACCCAGCGGCUGUGGCGGGCGGUGGAGAGGAUGGCAACGGGAGACGACAGCGCCGCCUGUGCGUGA